AUGAAUGAAUUGGCCAAUAUUGGUCUCGCUUUUAGCUCUCUAUCUAGCCAUCUGCAGUCUUGGGCCAAAUUCGCUAUGCUUCGCUCAUCGCUCGUGGCUGUGUUAUGCCUAGCAGCGGCGCCAUUCGUGCAUGUUCAUGCUCAAAACGGAACCUCUGUAAAAAAAGGAUUUCGCCAUUUCUUAAUCCUUGAAUGCGAGGACGGUCAAGCUCUUGAGCCGGUCAUCCAGGCCGUGGAGAAGAAUGGCAACCAAGUGCGCCGAAAAUUCGAGUCGAAAAUAUUCAGAGGCUUGUCGGUCAAGCUAGUCGGAAGAGACAUGGAACAGAUUGAGGGCGUAAAGAAGAUAUGGCGGGUUCAAGACUCUUUCAUAGACACAUGGAGCUUCGCUCGACGCGGGCAGGACCUGCAGGAGGAGACUUGGGGCCCCCUUCCUACAAAGCCGCCAUUGACCGCGGCGAGGCAGCCUACAUGUAACAAGACGACCGUCGAGUCGAUGUGUGGCAGCAACAUCCCCGAGUUCCAGUGGCCGCACAUCAUGACACAGGUAGACUUGUUGCAUAAACAGGGCUUUAUAGGAAGCAAUAUCACGAUUGGACUUGUUGACUCAGGUGUCGACUACAAACACCCGGCCCUUGGUGGCUGCUUCGGCAAAGGCUGCAAGGUUGCUUUUGGGGACAACCUGGCACAAGACAAGGACGGGGGCGAUCCGAUGGACUGUACGGGCCACGGCACCGCGGUGGCCGGUGUUCUUGCUGGAUACGACGAGGCUGGCGGCUUCGUUGGCGUGGCACCAAAUGCAACGCUGGGCGCCUACCGAGUACUCGACUGCAAUAACAAAGGACAGGAGGAUGAUUUCAUGGCCGGUCUGAUCCGGGCGUUUGACGACGGAGUACAGAUUAUUGUUAGCUCGGCUGUCAUUCAGACCAUUAACUGGGCUUCCAGUCCCUCCGCCAUCAUCGCCUCGCGUAUUGUCAGCAACGGGGUCCCCUGCAUAAUUGGCGUGGGCAACCUCCAAGACCUGGGCCUCUUCAGUACCUCGAUCCCUUCCACGGGUCGGGGCGUUAUAGCCGUUACUUCGUUCGGCCAGGCUGAUGACAGCACCACAGGGGCUAUUCUCGGCAGUAAUUCCGCCUCUGGACCGACGUGGGAUCUCGAUAUUAAGCCCAAUGUCGGCGCACCGGGACGCCGAGUGCGACUUGUCAACCUUGGAAGAGGCUACACGGUCGACUCUGGCACCUCGUUUGCCGCGCCCUUCAUCGGCGGCAUCGUGGCCCUCAUUGCUGAAGCUCGCCGCACUUUUGACCCGAUCCUCAUCGCCAGUCUCCUAACGACAUACGCCGCGCCUCAAAUCAACCCCUACGAGAACGAGGGUUCCGAGUACUAUUCCGUCGCCAGACAGGGUGGCGGUCUAGUCCAGGCAUGGGAGGCUUGCCGUGCAACGACACUCGUCCAUCCCAGCGCCCUCAUAUUCAACGACACGGACCACCGCCCGUCAUCCAUUGAUCUGGCCAUCACGAACAAGGCCGAGUCCGAGGUUACAUACGAACUGUCCAACCUCCCUGCUCUUUCUGUAUAUACGCUUACCAAGGACGCAAUCUGGGCCGGGGAGUCACAGGAAUCCAUCAGCGCUGGUGCCGCCGUCACGCUGAGCGAGAACUCGCUAAGGCUUCGCCCAGGCCAGUCGGCCACUAUCCAAGUCUCAGCCUCAGAGCCCCAAAAUCUCGAUACGAGUCGCCUGCCUGUAUGGUCUGGAUGGAUCGCGAUCAACGGCUCCGAUGGCUCCCGGCUCACAAUUCCCUACCAGGGCCUAGGAGGUUCGCUGCAAUCUGCCACCAUUUUCGAUGCCAACAAGAAGCGGUUGGACAUGCAAGUGGACUCGUCUCAAACGGCAUAUGAUAUGUCAGAGAGGCAGGCUUUCCUCCUGACACCGCCCCCAGCCAACUCUAGCCAGCAAUUCGCCAAGGUCAGCGCACAGCUUCUUGGUAAGUACGCCAACGAUUUGUGGACAGGGAGGCCUGUCGCCGUCUUCUACCUGGUUUUUGGAUCACCUCAAGUGCAAAUACACGUUGUGCCGCUCGAAAUUUGCACGCGGCAAGAUCCGCCGCCUCAUCCGGGCAACACAACCGUAUCGUCCGCUUCUGCCCCGGCCGAUCGACUCUGUGUGCCGGAGUCGAUGGUUACUGACAUAGGCGGUGUCAAGUCCCUUGGCCAGGUCCUUGGAUAUCCAAAAGACUUUGUACGGCGUGGUCGGCUGGAAGCCGUCUGGGAUGGGUCUCUUGCUCGAGGAGAAUACGCCCCUCCAGGUAGUUAUAAACUUGUGGCCAGGGCCUUGGCCAUCUUUGGCGAUGCCAACAAUCAGUCGCACUGGCAGACUGUCGAGUCGGUGCAAUUUGCCAUCACGUAUAACCCUGCGACAGCGGCCUAA